AUGGGAGAGGAAGGCAUUUUGAAAGGUGUGACAAAGCAGGUCAACACUGGGAAGGCCACCAUAUUAGCUCUUGGAAAGGCUUUCCCUCACCAGCUUGUGAUGCAAGAGUAUUUAGUUGAUGGAUAUUUCAGGGACACUAACUGUGACAAUCCUGAACUCAAGCAGAAGCUCACUAGACUUUGCAAGACAACCACAGUGAAAACAAGGUAUGUGGUUAUGUCUGAGGAGAUACUUAAAAAGUACCCGGAACUUGCUGUGGAAGGCCUUCCAACUGUAAAGCAAAGGCUGGAGAUAUGUAACAAGGCAGUGACACAAAUGGCAAUUGAAGCUUCCCAAGUUUGCAUCAAGAACUGGGGUGGAUCUUUAUCAGACAUAACCCACUUGGUUUAUGUCUCAUCCAGUGAAGCUAGACUACCUGGUGGUGACCUAUACCUAGCCAGAGGACUAGGACUCAGCCCUAAUACUCAACGAAUCAUGCUCUAUUUUGUUGGCUGCUCUGGAGGUGUGGCUGGCCUAAGGGUUGCAAAAGACAUAGCUGAGAACAACCCAGGAAGCCGAGUGCUGCUUGCUACUUCUGAAACUACAAUUAUUGGGUUCAAGCCACCAAAUGCAGAUAGACCCUAUGAUCUUGUUGGGGUGGCACUCUUUGGGGAUGGUGCUGGUGCCAUGAUAAUUGGCUCAGACCCAAUAUUGGAAACUGAGAAGCCUCUCUUUGAGCUUCACACGGCAAUUCAGGAAUUUUUGCCAGACACUGAGAAGAAAAUUGAUGGGAGGCUGACAGAGGAGGGGAUAAGCUUCAAGUUAGCAAGGGAACUUCCUCAAAUAAUUGAAGACAACGUUGAGGAAUUCUGUAACAAGUUAAUGGGUGUUGUUGGGUUCCAGAACAAGGAGUACAACAAGCUCUUUUGGGCUGUCCAUCCAGGGGGACCUGCAAUCUUGAAUCGCAUGGAGAAGAGGCUUGAUUUGUUUCCAGAGAAGCUGAAUGCAAGUAGAAGAGCUCUCAUGGAUUAUGGAAACGCUAGCAGUAAUACCAUUGUCUAUGUGCUGGAGUAUAUGAUAGAAGAGAGUCUCAAGAUAAAAAAGGAUGGAGGAGAAGAUCCUGAAUGGGGUUUGAUACUUGCUUUUGGACCUGGGAUUACUUUUGAGGGAAUUCUAGCCAGGAACCUGUGUGCUUGAACUCUCAACA